UACAAGUAGUAAAUAACGAGACGCUAAACACUACACAAUGAGAGUGAAGUGGACAAGCUUACACACUUUUAUUUUAGCAAUUGCUAUAGCUGUUUUUAUACAAAAAUGUGAUUUUGCGACUACCACCCGAGAAACAAUACAUGACAUAAUCAACAGAUCAAUAGAUACACCAGAAUGCAACCAAACCCUACCGACCGAAGCCUACUGCGUCUCAAUCCGCAACUGUUUGGUCCUAAUGUACGAAAUGAAUGCUACCUCACUACGAGCUAGAAGAUGUGGUCCUCGUACCGAAAACACGAAACACCCCUACGUUUGCUGCGAAAAAUACUACAUAUCAGUAGAAGCAUUACUGACAGGUCGAAGACGUACUCAAAAAACAGUAACCUCCAGACGGAACCAGGAGAUAAAUUUCGAAACUGAAAUACUAUCCCCAGCUGAUGAAAUCAUCAGACCCCCUCGGACCAGAACUACUCAAACACCUCAGACCACUCCAGCGAAUGACAUUUCUGAAGGUUGUGGUAUUCAGGACGUCGAAUUAAGAAUGCUUGGUGGAGAACCAGCUUCCAGAAAAGAAUUUCCUUGGUUGAGCAGACUGCUUAGAAGAGACAGUCAAGGAGAUAUGAUCUUCAGCUGUUCCGGUUCUCUUAUCUCGUCAAGAGUGGUGAUGACUGCAGCGCAUUGCUUGACGUCAGACGUUCUAGUGGCCAUAGGAGAGCUACACGCCGUUUCUCUCGGAGAACACGGAACCACAUGUGACUCCGACGCAGACGAGUGUUUGCUGAACAAAAGAACUGUGGUGGUUUCGAGUUCUAUUGUUCAUCCACAGUAUGAUAAAAGAUCCAGAAAUCACGACAACGACAUCGGGUUGGUCUUUUUGCGGGAUAAAGUAAAGUUUACGGAUUACAUAUUACCGAUUUGCUUACUAGAAAAUCGUAAAAAAACAAUGUCGGAGUACUUCGUUGCUGGCUGGGGUAAAACAGAAUCAGGGGCGCUUAGUGGAGUCAAGCUUAAGAUUGCCAUUCCAUAUUUUACUUGGGAGCAAUGUGCGAACAAAUACAAUACCACUAGGUUGCAACUAACAGAAAGACAGAUUUGCGCCGGUGGGGUGGAAGGAAUGGACGCGUGUCAAGGCGAUUCGGGAGGACCGUUGAUGAUUCGUGACAAUGAUAUGAGAUGGUACGCUGCCGGAAUUGUUAGUCUUGGUAUAGGUUGUGGAAAACGAGGAUGGCCUGGGAUUUAUGUUUACGUACCACACUACAUAAAAUGGAUAAAGGAAAAUAUUAGGCGGAGAGCAUCUUAAUGAUUUUUCACAUCACGGGUAUCGUUAUAUGUAGUCAACGAACAACAACUUUGUUUUUGGCCUGCACAGCUAACGUUAAAAAAUUUAGUAUC